GACGACAUGAAGCAUUCGACUUUAUACACUUUGGCCUCAGAGGUUUGCCUUAGAAGGCGGCCUCUGACCAUGCGGUGCGGUACUCGAAGUGGAGAGUCUGAAGGUUCCCCUCUCUAUGUUCUUGACUCCCUUUCCUUCCUUUCAUUUUGUGUGCCAACGAAGUUUAGAGGAAUCUUCAAUAUCAGACUUGAGCUUCUCUUCGUGAGGAGAAACAUCUGAUUCGAAAAAGAAUCGGGAACAAGCUAAAAAUUGCUCCUUUUUUUUCCGUCUCUUUCGGCACCAUUUUCGAUCUUUCCCACCCGUCUGCCAGCUUCUCAUUUUUGCCAGAGGUCUCAGACACGCCUGGAACUCAUGUCUCUGCUUCAGAUAUAUCCCGACUUGAAUGGUUCCCCUGAUCUGCGAAUCGUGUCUCCGGUAGUAGAGAAAGUAGACAUUAUUGUCGUUCCUGGACAGAAGUCAGCCCGAAAAUCGUUGACUGGUUCGGUCAACCGGGACCACCUUACUAAAGCCUUUGUCCAUGACCUUCUCCCUUCAGACUUUCCACAUUCGAGAAUACUCUUCUUCGACUAUGAUCCGCAUUGGGCUUUCCGGUCUGGUUUCACAGAGAACAGACUGCAAGUCAUUACCCUACAUCUCCUACAACAUGCUAUCAAGCUGAGAAAAAAAGAUCCCCUGCGGCCUAUUGUCUUCAUCGCACAUGGUGUGGGUGGAAUACUUGUCAAGAAUGCCUUGCUUCGCGCAGCACUGGACUCGAGGUUCAAGACAAUCAGAAGGGCUACGAGAGGGGUCGCCUUCUUUGGGACACCACAUCGGGCAAGAUCUCUCAACGCAACCUUGGAAACCCUCGUGUCGGACUUCGCAUCACAGCUAUGGACUUCGGGCUCCUGUCAGACCAAAAUAUCCCGAAAAGCCCCCUACUUCGUGAAAGCCUUGUCAUCUUUCUCAUCGCUUCUCUCUGCCGAGAGAUUCCACGAUGAAUGGCUCUCGAGAUACUCCCGCCGACUCAGGUUUCUCUCAUUCCAUGGACAAACGUCAUCUUUGGCUGUACCAGGUCAUAGUGCCACUCUCGGUCUGCCCCUAGAACAGGAAGCAAUAAUCGCUCUACCAUCAUCACAGCAAGACUUCUGGGCCUUCACAGGCUCGAGUGAUCCAAAUUAUUGCAUCUUCCGUAAUAAGUUAGCAUGGCUUUUAGGAUGGAUCGCGCAGUCAGACCCUAUUCGAUAUAGUCUCGAAUUUCAAGACCUGAAAUGGCUUCGACAAUUAUAUCCCCCUGGUCUCAAAUCAAGAGAAAAUCUCAUUCAAGAUCCUGUUGAGGGCACCCUGCAGUGGAUUUGGUCGAAUUCUUCCUUCAAUUCCUGGCUACUAGGCGACACAAGCGCAAUGCUGUGGUUGACAGGAAAGCCAGGCAGUGGAAAAUCGACGUUGCUGAGAUAUGUUUCGAACUAUCUCUGCACUGUUGCCGAAGACAUCCCGUAUGAGCCUCUUGCGGUCGCUCGACCUUCUUUCGCUGUGGCAAAUUUCUUCUGCGAUUUAUCGGCCCCCCCAAGGUCCUCUGAGAGUAUCUUACGCUCACUUCUUCACCAAGUUCUUAGUGGCCAACCGUCUCUCCUUCGCUACCUCACCCCAGUGGUCAAGAGAAAACACCAAUGGUCCACUGGCACUGAUUUCGGCCUGGUCACAGCUUUGAGGGAAAUCUCAAAGCACAGAAGCAUCGUCUGCGUGAUAGACGCGUUGGAUGAGUGCGACCCUGUUGUACGCACCAACCUGCUUGAUGCAUUGGCAGGUCAUCUCGUCGCUCCCUCGGAGGAAUCCUGGAGAUCGCCCUGUGCAGUUGACACUAGUUGUGCUUGUCGCACGUCUUCUCCAAAACUGAAGAUUCUCUUUUCUUCUAGGCCUUAUCUCUCAGUCAGCAGUCAUGAGAGUCACCAAGUCCAGCAUCUUAGCCUCUCCGCCGGAGAGGCUGCAUCUAGCCUGGCAAAGGAUUUCCAAGCAGUCGUCAAAUCAACAUUUCCUCUCCUCGGGUCGAAUGACGAAGUCGAAAGGCGUAAAGACAUUGCUUCCAGGAUUGUUGAGAGAUCUGACGGGGUAUUCCUUUGGGUCAAACUCGUCUUGAAGUCCUUACUGGCUCUGGAAGUGCAGACCAGCGAGAAUUUGUUGAGUGAAUUGGAAAAGCAUCCGACAAACCUGAACGACAUGUACUCGUCCAUUCUUUCUUCAGUCAAUGAGAAGAAGGCUGAUGAGAAAUCAUACAUUCUGAAAUGUCUGGAUUGGGUUGUGUUUGCUCGAAGGCCUCUACGAGUCGAGGAACUCGCUGCGGCUGUUGCAUUCGAGACAGAGAGUGGUUAUCAACAUGGGUUUCCAACCUCAGUCCACCCACCGAGCUUCCUAGACCUUCGCUACAAAUUUCGCCCCAGAUCGAUCAGGUUCUGUUUCUCCCAAGUCCCUCUCAUAGAAGUGAAAGGCUCGACGGUUCAUGUCGUUCAUCGAUCAGUCAAGGACUUUUUGUCGUCGACCACUCAUACCGCCGCUGGCAGCGGUUUUCUGCCAAAGGUCUCUCGGGGAACCGAUCUUGAUGUUAACUCCCGCAUUGCUGUAAUAUGUCUGGCAUACUUGACAAAGUUGAGUCGGUUAGACAGGUCAUCAAACGAGGUUCCCAAACACGAUUCAAUGCUUGACACUGAAGUUGCGUUUCCCUUAUAUAUCUAUGCAGCAACGCAGUGGAGUUUCCACGAGGAGGCUUCAGAUCAACACCAAGAGUACCUCCACGGAAUUGUCCACAACUUAUGCAGUCCGAGGUCCUUCCUCUUGCAGAAGUGGUUCAGGCCUUGGUGGGAGAAUCAGUCGACGGAACCCUGGGAACUGCGUAGGUUUCCGACAUAUCCAACAGAGGGUAUCGUGCUUUCCUUCCUCGGAAAAGCCAAUGAGGUCGCAAGGCUUCUCCGACAUAGAUCCAUGAGAGCCGAUGAAUGUACCCCUAAGGGCGAAGAAUGGACGCCGCUGAUGGCCGCAUCGUGGAGCGGACAUGAAUCCGUGGUUCAGCUUCUUCUCCGGCAGCAGAUCGAUUUUGCUGCGCACCCGGUUCAUUUAUCCCGGGCGCUGACGCACGCAAUUGAGCGAGGUCACGCUCUUAUUGCUCAGGAGAUCACCAUGGCAUUUGCUCGGCCAACAGCAAAGAUCUCUGUAUCACUCUCAAUUCUGUCUCAAGGAGCAACCUCUCCUCUGGCGACUGCAACACGGCUCGGCCAGUCCCAAUUGGUUUCAUUGCUCUUAGAUCGCGGAGCCUGUGUUGACUCCCGCUGGCAAAUGCCAGAUGACGAACCCAAGCGUACGCGUAAGACUAUGGGCUAUAAACAGUGCAAGUGGCAUAACAAGGUUACGCCAUUGGCACUUGCUGUGAGCCAAAAUGACAUUGAGAUGAUAGAGGUUCUCAGCUCAUCUAGCGUAAGCUUCAAAGAUUACGACUAUUUGAGCCUUGCUACCAGUACUGGUGCUUCAGGGGCGGUUCGGUUUCUACUGGAACAAGGGCAGGAAGUCCCCAAUGACCACCAAAAGUACUCGGCACUUCUUCAGGCGGCAGAUCGUGGUGACACCGAGAUAAUGAAGGUUUUCUUGGAUCACUACAGCUUUCUCCUGCCUUGCGAACAGCCAAAAAGUCUGAUUCCUGACUGGUUUAGACACUUGAGUCGGCCGGUCGCCAUCAAACUGUUACUCCUCCCCGGAUUCACAGUCGAGGAUGCAUUCCUCGACGCAUGCGAAACAUGCUCCCUAGAGAACAUCAAACUAUUCCUUGACGUCGGUAUUUCUCCUGAUGCUUCAAGAAGAGGAAGCUACGCGAUUCAUCUUGUCCUCAAUGGCCCUGGGCACUGCGACAGACCUUCCUGUGAGAGCGAGAAAAUUCAUGCUCUGGAAGACUUGCAUGAUGGAGGAGCACAUUUCAGCCAGAAAGACGAGCAUGGGAACACUUGCCUCCAUCUCGCAGCGAAGAGAGGCGAAAAUGAUAUCGCGCAGCAUCUUGUUUCCUUCGGAUGUCCCGUCAAUGAGAGGAAUCAACUUGAGGAGACUGCCACAGACAUUGUCGCCCUACAAGGCAAUGCUGCUUGGCUUCAGCAACUCCUUGUGUCAGGAGCCGACCCAGACAUCUUGACCUGGAAGAACGCACUCAAGAGCGGCAGUAUCGACACGGUGAGCGUCCUGCUCGGGUUCUAUAAUCGGUUUCGCCAUAAGGGCAUCGAGCUCUCACCUAUUCCCAGUGAAGUGUACCACCACUAUCUCAUUUGUGGGGAUGUUCCCAUUUGCUACACUGCAGCCGUGGCCUAUCUAAGAUCUAGGCACAUAAUGAACCAAAGCAGCAUUCGGAUCGAAGUAGACCGAAGUCUUACAUGGUUGGAGCUUGUCCAAAGAGGUUGGGAAGACCUCACAGAAACAACAUGGGGCUGGUGGCCUUUAAGGCCACCUUUGCCCCGGCUGAACCCGGAUGAAGCUUGGAUUUGCUGGAAAUGCUUCAAUUGCAACGGCAAAGAGCAUAGAGAUCGAAUAUCCUUCCAGUUGGGCGUCGAGAUUCGCGCUUUGCUGGAUUUUCUCUCAGUGCUAGGCAAAGUUGCCUUAGAAACCACAAGUCGGGAUCCCUGUCCCUUUGGCAAUCAACGGGUCGUUUUUUCGGGGGCAGUCUGUAGUCUUCUUGAAUCUAGAGAAGAUACGCUCACAAGCCACCCAGAUCAUGAAGGCAACUCGCCCUUGCGGAGACCAGUGUCCGGUAUCAGAGGCCAAGGUCAGAAUCGCCCGCGCGGCUCAGAUAUGCCUCCCAACAAUCCACGUAGGCGACAUGUGGCCGAGCCUCGAAGACUGGCAGCGGUUUCGAUGACCAAAAAGACUUCGAAAUCCCGGCACCCACGGGGGAAACCUCCGAGUGACGAGAAACCAACCCCCGAAGAGCAAGAACGAGGCAUCCGAGUGAAGGGCCGUUUUGUCGUCAUCAAAGCUGUCUCUUUUCCUCAUGACCAUAUCGAAGUUCAAGCAACAACUACCGACUUGAAGUUUUUGGAUGACUUGCAAACCAAGUACUGGGCUCGGUGUAGCAUUUUCAAGACAUAUCUUUCUAUUCAUCGAUUCCAUCACUGGGGGUUUGAUAAAUACGAACACUUGAACGGUAACUAUUCUUCCAUCGCGAAUGGCUGUGCAAGUAGUACGACGUUGCCCGAGGCACCGCACGACUUGGAUUACGACUUCAAACGACUGGCCAACGAGUCUCCUCCGAUAUCGCAGCCGAUAUUCUACAGUCACUGCUACGAUUGCAAACCUGACUGCCCUCGAAUCAAACUCUUGCAUAACUGUACAAAUACCUUUACAGAAAAGUUUGACGAAGAAUGCGUCCCUGAGCCCAGCGAUCGCAUGGCCGAGCUGCUGGCAAGGGUACCCAAGCGAUUCCUCGAGUGGCAGCCGAGAAAUUUGGACCACGAGGUGGCAUAUGGGCUUUCUUCAUUUGAGUUGCCGAACGCAUGGGGCUUUUUUAUUUACUCUAUUCUUUGUAUCUUGUUGCCAGCGGGGCUGUUUUGGAUAUUUUGGUUGUCAACCAUGGGUCACGAGGCCGACUUGCAGAAUGCUAGUAUACCGGCAACUCUAGCUGUGGUGUUCUGGGUGACUCUUUAUCAGAGCACGGCGGGCAAGCGAUGGUGUCGGAAGAUGCAGUAUUAGGUGUUUUGCCUUUCUUGAUGACUUUUGACCUCGUUCUCAUUGGAUCUUCGUACUUUUAGAGCUAUACAUGCUAAGGAUGGAGGCAGCUACGCCCCAAUGAUCAUAUACUUCAUCAAAUAUCAACUCAAAUACAUCCACCCUACCCGUCUUUUACUCGUCUCGCUUUUACUUCAACAAGUGCCCACCAGAAACCACACCCUCAGGCUUCUUCCAAUGCACCGG